GUUUUACUGCAAGUUUAUUCGUGGAUGUGUUCGCGCCUCGGUUCGUAAUCCAGGCGGAGGUUCACCUUUCGGCUGCUUCCCCCGCGUCUGGCUCAAGGCGUUCCCCUCUUGUUUACAAACAGUUUUGGGGGUGACUUAAGAGAGAUAUUUUGCUGAUGUGAUUCUCUCAACAGCAUUAGAGAAUGGGAACCUCAGAUAAGAAAGCAUUCCAUCUACGAUGGGACAAUCAUAUGGAGAGUAUGCGCACUCUAUUUGAAAGGUCGUACUAUGAUCAGGCCUUUACAGAUGUAACUAUAUCUUGCCCAGAUGGGAAGCUGCAGGCUCAUAAAUUGAUUCUCUCAGCCUGUAGUCCAUAUUUUGAAUUAGUUUUCAAAGAUAAUCCCUGCAAGCACCCAGUGCUCAUAUUCAGAGAAAUUAAACAUCAUGAAAUGUCUACUCUUUUGGAGUACAUGUACAGGGGUGAAGUUGACGUUCUUGAUUCGGAGCUUCAGCCUCUUAUUCAAGUAGCCACUGAUCUUCAAAUACGAGGACUCGCUUAUGGGUGUCAGACUGAAACAACUGUAGCUUCAGGGAAAGGUCUUCCUAGCAAACCAAAGCCGGCUGCCAGUGAAAAUGCAGCACGACCAUCUGCUUCUUCAAAUAAUACUACAACUCGCAUUGCUGCACCAAAGUCCAGACUUCCUGUUAUAUCAAAGGUUGUACCAGAAGAUGCUGCUACCGCGUCAGUUAGCCAUGAACUUGUUGACUUAGAGGCCCACCAAGUAUCUCGCACAGGACAGAAAAGACCAUCCCCUCAACCAAUUGAUAGCCCUUCGAAAGUGAAAAUUGCAAUGAAAAUAGAUAGCUCAUCACCAACAAAUCUUUCCCAGAGCAAUGGCAACGGUUCCCCAGAACCUGUUGUACAAUCAGCUUCUGUGCACUCUGUGCAAUCACCUGCUACCAACGGAAUUGACUUAAGCAUCCCUAUGACAAAUGGAAAUGGUGUCCAUGCUCGUAAUCAAGAUCGUCCACCCCAAAAUGGUCCAUCAAAAGUUUUUUCUGAAGGAAAUGUGACAUCUUCCCAGGGAAAAAUUCAUGAAAUCGACUCCAACUCUGGUGGAGAGAUUCAAGAUUCUGAAGAUGAUGACUUCAACCAAGAUGAAAAUAGUGGAGAACUUGUUAUAAGGGAAGAGGAUGAGGAAGAUGGUGUUGGAUAUUUGUGUGAAUCUACAUUCACUGAGGGUGAGACAGCUAACGGUGUAAUUCACAAAGAAACUAAUGGUGAUGUUUCUGGUGACUUUAAAGUGUCACCCGGUGACAUAAAAGUGUCAGCAUCUACAGUAUGUCCUUUCUGUUUCAUGGAUUUGAAAUCACCAGAAUUGUUGAGAGCUCAUGUUCAGAUGCAUACUACUGCUAACCCUCGUCCUCAUCAAUGUGAUGUUUGUCAACUGUCCUUUGGUCGAUCUUCGCACUUGGAACGACAUAGGAGAACACACACAGGUGAAAGACCAUUCCAGUGCCCCAUUGUCACUUGUGGAAAACGAUUUGCUCGUCAAGAUAAAGUGAAGCAGCAUGUUACUCGGCACCAUGAUAGUAACAUCCAAGGACCUAAACAAAGAGCACCUCGAAUGCCCAAGUCACUGGUUGGAAAACGACCUAGAGGAAGACCACGACAGUACGAUUCAUACCAAGAUUCGUAUCCAGAGGCAUUCAUGAUGGGGCAUCCCAUGACAGAAUUUAGCAGUGGACUUGAUGAUCUUCCCCGAAAUAGCAUUGCAGCAGCUGACAUGCUUCUCCAACUCAGCUCUAAAGUUACCCACCACCAGCCACCUGACUUCAUCAGUAAAGAAAGUAAUGCAGUGGAAUCAGUUGUUCAUUUAGCGGAACCUAUUAACUCCCAACCUUGAACCACCCUGGAAUUUUGAUAAGUUUCAUUAUCCUAAAUUUUAAGAGAAGAAUGAUUUGCGGAUAUCACAAACUGAUUCUUCCAUUUUUUAUGUAUCUACAUGUCUCUCAUUAGACAUCCAGUGAGGAUAUUGGCUGGUUGUCAAGAAGGCUGUGCUAAAUUUGAUAAAUGUAAAUUUCAGGUUUUUUAAAUGCUGCAAUGCGCACCAUGAUUAUCAUACACAUCGGCAACAAUGUAAAUUUACUUCUCUUAAAGUACAUCACCAAAUAUCUCUAAAAAGACUUGAUCCUUGACUUUAGAAAUCCAAAGCUAUUUUGUAAUCAGACCUUUCCCAGACUGAAAGUUAUUAGACACAAUCUUCUCUUCUGGAUUCAUUGAAUUUUAAAGGAAGAUUUGUGUGAUAGGCAAGAGUUUCUCUUAUCUUCUACCCUGUACUUGUAAAAAAAAUCAAAUGUCAAACAAAGAUGUAAGCUAUUUUAUUAGAAUGUUAUUUUAGGUAUUCAGGUGUGCCAAUUUUGCUAUUGGCAAUGUCAAUCAUCUUUAGAUAUAGAUUUUUUUUUUUUAUGACAACCAGCAUCUUGCAGUUAACGAAUGGGAUGUCUCAGAGGCUUUUCUUUCGGAAGGUUCUGUUAACUGCUCAAGUAGAAUAAACUGUCUAAAGGCCAUAUAUUCAAUGAAGAUGUAAUAUUUUAUAGAUGUAAAUAUUUUGGUACAAAAAUUUCUACUAUUCAUAGAGGUGUAGGAGAAUGUUUUCCCCUUUCCAUGUUAUCUAAAUGCCUGGGGAUGGCAUACAAAUAUUCUCUUUUGUUAGAUUUUUAAAUAAUCUGAAACAUCUUACUGUUUAUUGUUUCUUACAAGUUGUUUCUGUUGUCUUAUUUUAGUUUUUAUAUUUUAUAACCUUCACUCUAUUAUUUAUUAUUAUUGAUCACGAUCGCACCAGCUUGAUCAAGCACCGGAAACAUGGAGUAAAUGGCAAGGUGUUCCCUUAGGAAAUUUUUUUACUCUUGUGAUAAACGUGCAUAUUUAUUAUAACUGGAAAGAAUAUUUGCUUUCAAUGUUGGUUUUGUUAUUUGUGCUUUUUAGUUGUUUUUUGAAUUUAUUUAUUUAUAGCUUUUCUCAUUUCAUGGUAUCCCCAAGGGAUGAGUUCUCUUAACUCUUAUGAAUGAUGAUUCAUGACUUAAUGUUGGCUGAGUUCGAACUAUACUAAAAGAGUAUUGUACUGUACUUUACUAUCCGACAAAGCCAAGUUUCACGUCCAAUAAGUUAGCGAAGCAGAUUGCUACCAACCUUGCAGACAAAAUAAACUUGGCUCCAAGCAAGGCUGAGAAAAGUGAAAAGAAAAAUGUGAAAUCAUUGCUUAUCAAUGAAAUGAGCAAUGGUGAAAUAUACGAACGAACUCAGCCAAAAAUGCACUGCAUUCUACUAGUUAGAGUUCUAGAUUAAACGGAAUCAGUUCUUUGAGUGUGAAAAUAGUCAUAGCAGUCUAUUGUGUGUGUGUUUGUGUGUUUCAACACUCACCUAUAAAAUUCCAAAGAUUACUUUGCUAUGUGCCAAACAAGAUGCAAGUUCUAUUGUCAACUUGCUGUGUUUUUAUUGACCAAAAGCGAUUGACCAAAUUUUUAUUCAGAAUGAAAAAUUCUCUAAUUUUUACCUUUGUGCAAUACUUGAACUGAGUUAGUGAUUAAGCUGAUGUAAAUACUGUAUAAGAAGUAUUAAGUAUCUUGCAUGGGUCUUUUUUGUGUGUGUUUUACUGUAGGUAGUUUACUCAGUCACUUUUUGAAACAUCAUCAGUAGAAUUGUCCCCAUACUUCAUAUAUGCGUAACACUAAGGUGUGAAUAUGAAUUUCUAUUCCUUAUUUAUUGUACUGAUUAAAUGUGUUAUUCUUUAAUACUGGCAAAAUAAAUCUAUUGUCUGUGUUUAAAAAACAAAACAAAAAAACAGACAACAAUUAUAAACACAAGUACGAAAACUACCACCACAACUUAUUUGUGGUGAUAAAUUUAAGACAAGUACAUUUGCUUCAACCAAACAAAUGUCCUUUUUCAGCUUAAAAUUAUAGUUUCUAUCUCAAAACUUGUUCAGCUUUGGAGCUUUGUUUGAGGAUAGGUUGUUUGUGAAAUUAGUUUUUCCAUAAGACUGCAAACAGAAACUUAAGUGAUGUGUGUUAGUAUUCUUCAUUUAUUACUUUUGUGUCAAGACUUUCUGUAUGUUGAUCUUCCCAUCACUGAUAUACUGAAUGAGUAACAUUCACAGUGAUUUAAAACAGUUUCAAGAAAAUGCAUUCAUUUACAUCUUUUUUUAAGUUUUCUAUAUCCUUUUGGAAAUGUGUGUGUUUGUAUGUAUGUGUGUGGUUGCUCUCUGAGUGUAAGAUACAGUUUCUUCCUCUCUUAUCCUAGUUUGUUGAAUUCAAAUUUGGAUGAGGUGUUGCGAUAGUCAUUCCAGUCAUUCCAGGCAUUUAAGAUUAGGAAGUAAAUUAUUGUGUGCACAUAUUUCCCCUGAGCUUAUGUGAUAUAUUUGAAAUAUUAUAUAUUGUCCCCUCUUUCUUCUCUGUGCUUAAAAACAUUUCAAUAUUAGCUUAAAAAUCCACUUGUAAAAAUCAUCUAAAAAUAUGAGCAGAAUAUUUUUGUUUUACUUCCAGUAUUUACUUGUACCUGGAACAUUCCACAUCUAUGUGAUCUCAUUUGUUAUGGAUGUGUGUUCCCAGAAAUGUAUUGUAUAAUUUUAUACAUUCCAAAAGCUUUUGUCUGAUUAGAAAGGAAAAGUCUGAAAGAAAUUGAAUAGUGUUAAGCCACUAAUGUUCCACAAAGUUUUAAUUGGUAGAAAACUGACUUUAGUAUGGAAUUACAGUACUUUGGAGAAAUAGCAUACUCUUUUAAAAUAAAACUUUUAUUUCUUUGGUUGUACAAUAAAAGUUCAAGAAACAAGGUGUUGGAUCACUGUGUUCAAACAAAUCUCAUUUUGAGAAUUUCAAUCUUUAAUGUCUGGUUGCAUGGUACCAGUUUCUUGAGGUGUGCACGGUGUUACUGAGCGAAAAGUCAGAUUGUCAGUAUUAAGUCAUUUUAUUUGAUGAAGAUGAGUCAUACAUAUAAGCAUUAUUUUUCUAGAUUUAAGUAUACAGUAUGCGUGCUAGGAUAGUAAAGGACUACCAAAAACAUUAAGUCCAAAUCAAUUUAUCAUUGAAGUAUUCAUCCACAAUUUGUUUAUUACCAAUAUUUUUUGUCACAUUUUUUCUACCUCUGCAGCAGUGUCUGUAUACUCCAACUUUCAGGGUUGUUUUUUUUUUUUUUCGUUUGUAUUUUAAAAUCCUUCUCUCUUUUCCCACUAGAUGAUCUGUGGUGUGAGAGAGACAGUUGAACAGAGCCCUGAAACUUUCAGAAAGUGGGAGUGAGCGUACCCUGCUGUGCAAUUUAUCCCAAUAGCUUUCAACAUUUUUUCUGUUUUACAUUCCAUUUUCUUUAACAGUCAUGUAUGGUUAUGCUUUCAUUAUCCAAUUAACUGUUUCUCUCAAAAGAAAUGCACAGUUUACAUCACCUGUUAAUAUAAGCACAACAACUAAUCUGUUUCAAUAAGUAUGUGUAUUUGUAAUUAAGUACUUUAAAGAUCAGGUGAACCUUCCACCAAUAUCAAGUUCGGCUAUUUCAAAAGCAAUUACUGUAUCUCUUUGAAAUUGAUGAAAGUUAUAUGAUUUUAAAGUGAGAGAAAUUGUCAUUGACACCGUUUUGGACAAUCUCACUGUUACUCUUUACUGUCUUUAUGUGGAGGUUAAAAAAAAACACAUCAUUAGCAUGUGGCAGGGGUGUGCAAUCCUUUGUUAUUGUGACCCACGGAGUGUGUCACACUGCACUCGACGUGUUAAUGUACUGGUGAGCCCUUUGCUAUAAAGAUAUUCUUGAGUGCAAUACUUAUGACCUCAUUAUUUGCAAAGGAUUUGUGAACUAACUCUCUUCAUGUUUCAUCUUGGUUUGUAGACUGAUCAAAUUAUUGAAGAUAUACAUAUCGAAAUGUGAAUGUAAAGAAGAGACUUACUGCAAGCCAUUGAUUAUUACAGGUGUUGCAAUAAGCCUCUUCUCUCAGAAUGUGUAUCAUUGCUGAUUUUAAGAGUGUAUUUUCUUAUCAUGGGCAGGGUUUUAAAAAAAGGAACUAAUCUGUGUGGUUCCCAAGAACUGAGGGCUUUUUUUUUAAAAAAAAAGUGGCCACAUUUUUUUUUUUGUCCAAAUAGAUGUGUUCCCUUAUUCCUUUUCAAACACAAAAACAAGAAUUCAGAUGUGUGAAAUUUGACUAUUUUCUUACAAAGUUUUGGACCUGUUCUGUCACUUGACCAUGGCAUAAUUUUUACCUUUUGAUAAUGUGUGUUUGCAUGUUAAGCUAUGGAUUUACCUUCAAUAAAUUUCCCGGAAAUAACUCA